AUGAAGUACCAGCUCGCCCUUGCCGUCGCUCCGCUGCUGUGGCACGCUACAGUGGCCGAAAUCGUCCUCAUCGGUACGUGCAAGGCGCAGCACAACACGUGCUUCAUGCCCAUCGGGGAGAAUGAGCGCUGGAUCGUGCCGGACGCGCACGAGUUCAAGGCCGUGUGCGGGUUGGGAGACAAUCUCCGGUGCCAGAAGGAUGGCGACCCGUGCUUCCUCAGGGCCAAGACGGGGAUCCUCGCCGACUGCCGCGUGCACAAGAAGUGA